UUUGGCAGUUUUCGGCAGAUUGGCAGACUGUUGUGGUAAAGGCGGCUAAACAUGGUCGAUAACUGUUGUGCACCAGGUUGCACAAAUAAACGACGGAAAAAGAAAGGUACGUCAUUUUACCGCAUUCCUAAAGAUGCGGAGAGGCGAGCUAAGUGGAUCAGCGCCAUAAAAAGAGCCAGGAGCCAGCAAAACAAGACUGAAAGAUGGGACCCCCCAGCCGUGGGAUUCCGCUUGUGCAGCGAUCACUUCAUAUCAGGGAGAAAGAGUAAUAAUCCCUUGAGUCCGGACUUUGUUCCAUCUAUUUUCAACUACGUUCCAUCUCCAGAGAAGAGGAAAAGAAAAAUGAGACUGGAGGUUUUCAACAGACGACAGAAAGCAAAGCUACAGAAGAUACCUGUUCAACUCCACUUCCAUGGACUUUUUAAAAUUAUAAACCAAAAUGUUUUCGCACAAUCAUUAGCAUCAACCGAUUGUCCCCAAGACAGCAACAAGGAUCCUACUGCAGACCAAACUCCCACCACAGAGCCUUUGAAGGAAUCUACCCAUGAAGAACCUGGAAAUGAUGUCCAGCCUUUUCUUCAUGAGGAUGAUCCAGCAACUCCACCAUGCAGCACUGAAACCUGUGUCAUCAUCUCAAAACCAUUCCGUGUCUCCAGCUGGCCUCACCAUUUGGUCCCUUCCUCACGGUUCACUGCUCCAUCCUGCCUCCAUUCCUGCUUCCAGUCUUCCCCUCUCCUGCUCCUCUGCUCCCCGGACUCCAGUGCCUCCUCUUCGUUUCCCUCGGCCUCGGCUCCCCCGCGCUCCCCGAGAUCCCUCGCCAUCCUACUCAGCCCUCGAGUCCCUCUCCAUCCUAUCCCCAAUCUUCGAGUCCCUCGCCAUUUUAUCCUUAAUCUUCUAAUCCCUCGCCAUCCUACCCGAGUACCUCACCAUCCUAUCCCCGUCUCCGUGUCCUCACUCCUGUCCUUGCUGUCUGCCUCCCCACACCUCCUUCCCCAAUUAUUAUUAUUAUUAUUAUUAUUUAAAUAA